AGAGAAGACUCUGUUGGUAAAUGAUUAAGACUGUAUCGAAUUUCAGCUAUUUUUGAAAUCCCAUACGUUGCAUAUCAGCAGAUUACAGCACGAGAGAAGCUUCUACUGGGAAGAGGCCGUGGAAAAGGAAACGGAUUCUAUGUCAGUGGCUAUGUCAUGUAUGGAGGAUCAAAUUGACUUGAAUGGCAAGGUGAAUUUGGUUUCACAAUUUACAGCUGAACAGAUUGCCUGUGUCUGCGAUGCUCUCAUACAAGGGCAGCAAGUCGAUAGACUAACAAGGUUCUUAUGGUCUUUACCAAGAUCGGACAUUAUAAAUGGAAAUGAGAGUGUACUGAAAGCCCGUGCGCACGUUUCCUUUCAUCAAGGUCGCUUUAGAGAACUUUACAACAUCUUAGAAAGUCACGAUUUCGAACCAAAAGCACAUGGUGUCUUGCAAUCCAUGUGGUACGAAGCACACUAUGCAGAGGCGGAGAAGAUGCGAGGCCGGCCUCUCGGCGCCGUUGAAAAAUACAGAAUCAGGCGUAAAUACCCGUUACCCCGAACGAUCUGGGAUGGCGAAGAAACUGUAUACUGCUUCAAGGAAAAGUCUAGGCAACUACUUCGCGAAGCGUACACGCGUAACAAGUACCCAUCACCGCAAGACAAAAGACUGCUUGCAAAAAUGACAGGUCUUACUUUAAUACAAGUUAGCAAUUGGUUCAAAAACCGGCGGCAAAGGGAUCGACCGUUCUCAGAAGGAGGAAACAAAGAAAGUAACAGCACGCCACGGAAAAGAAAAUGGAAGUCUGCAUCAGCCACUGACUACUGCGAUUCAAUACCCGAAGACAGCGUUUCGCCAAAUGCAAUAAAAGAUUUCAAGGCAGAGCCAUUUGAAGAAGAUGCUUUAAGUUCAGAUUCAGAAAAUAACGAAGCUUUUAUGGACAAUGUUGCUUACUAGACUUAGGGAAUUCUGAUAGGAUAUAUUACAAGCCUUUUAAAUUUGGCCUAUCUGGCGUGGUGUAAAAAGUAGUUUCUCGAACUGACUUCUACGUUCUGUAAUAUGUUAAUGGGCAAAAAAUAUAGGAUGUCUCUCGUAGUAGCUAACUUCCAAAGUUUAUAAUUUUAGCUUUUUAAAAGAUAUCUUGUUUGUUUUAAAACAACGAUGAUUACUUAUUGUACUUUAGUAAAUUUUCUAGAUAACUAUGAAGAAGUCUUAAAAAGAUGGAAAUUGUAAGUUUUUUAACGUGUAGUGAUAAUUUGCAUUAUCACGCAAAGAUAUUCCGAUAUUAGUUAGAAAUACCAGUCUUUGAAAAGGUCUGUUGCCAUAGAUAUAGAUUUAUAGUUUUUAUGGUGUUGAUGUACUUAGUUUAUGAAAAUAGAAGAAAUUAUUAACUGUAUAUAUGAUUAUUUGACAUAAAAGGAAGAACAGUUUUACUAAAAGUAUUAAUCUCGGAUUUCUGACCAUGUCUUCGUGUUAAA